AUGUUGCUGCCAAGAGUGUUUAGUAGAGUAUUAGGAAAUAGAUUGUGUUUUAUGAAAAUGAAACACAUUUGGACUGGUGACGGGACCGUGAGGUCGCCCUUUAACGACGUGGUUAUACCUGAUGUAACAAUCACUGAAUACGUCUGGAAAAAUUUGGACAAGUGGUCCGAUAAAACCGCAGUGAUCUGUGGCGUUACCGAUAGAAAGUAUACUUACAUACAGUUGUAUAGACAGUCCCAAAUAUUCGGUGCAGGUUUGAGGAAAAAGUUCAAAAUCAAGGAUGGUGAUGUCGUUGUUGUUAUGUUACCUAAUUCACCGGAAUAUCCCACUGUAGUGUUGGGCGUCCUCACUUCUGGUGGAAUAGUUUCAACCUUAAAUCCACUUUACACUGUUUAUGAAGCUCAGAAACAAAUUUCAACGUCCGAAGCUAAAUUAAUUGUGACUUAUCCAGAAAAAGUUAAUGAAGUAAAGGAAGUAUUAAAGAUUUGCAAGUUAAACAUACCUGUUAUAGCUGUUGAUAUCGAUAAAACUCGACCAGAGGAUACUGUUUCUUUUAAAGAACUAAUUAGUGACACCGAUGUAGAUAAACAUGUUCUAAGAGAAGUUAAAAGAUCUGCUCAGGAUACGUCCCUUUUGCUGUAUUCAAGUGGUACAACAGGGCUCCCUAAAGCUGUGGAGCUUACGCAUAGAAAUAUUGUUGCUAAUUUAGAACAGCAAAGUGGCGAUGAGUUCAAGAAGUUCAACGAUACAACUGAAACAAAUCAAGACAUUACACUCGCUUAUUUGCCGAUGUUUCAUUGCUACGGGUUAUCAGUGAUUUGUUUAAGCAAACUCUCAGUAGGCUUAAAACUGGUGACCCUUCCAAGAUUUAACCCCGAUACGUUUUUAAAUGCAUUGGAAAAGCAUAAAUUUGGCCUAGUGUACGUGGCACCUCCUACAGUAUUAUUCCUAGCUUCAAGCCCUCUAGUAAAACCCAAACAUUUUGAGAAGCUGCAGAACGUGUUAACAGGUGCCGCACCUCUACCUCUCGCUGAUGUGGAAAGAUUUCUGAGUAAAUUGGACCAUGAAGUUAACUUCGGCCAGGUUUACGGCUGUACUGAAGCCGGUCCCGUAGUGACAUCAACACCUAAUGGCUGUAAGAACUACAGUUCAGUUGGAUGCGCUUUACCUAACUGUACAUUAAGAGUUGUUGACACGGAAAUGAGUAAUUUAGGUCCCAAUGAGUUGGGAGAGUUGCUGAUCAAAGGGCCAAAUGUGAUGAAAGGGUAUAUAAAUAACCCACAAGCAAAUUCCCAGGUGUUUGUUGAUGGCUGGUUAAGGAGUGGUGAUUUGGCAAAGAUCGAUGAAUAUGGAUAUGUUACCAUAGCUGACAGACUAAAGGAAUUAAUAAAGGUAAACGCAUAUCAAGUUCCACCAGCGGAAUUAGAAAACAUUAUAAGGGAACACCCAGCAGUGUUUGAUGCAGCAGUAGUUGGGAUACCGGAUGAAAAGACCGGAGAAAAGCCGAAAGCUUUUGUAGUACUAAAUAAAAGUUCUAAUGCCAGUCAAAAAGAUAUAAUGGAAUACGUUAGUGCAAGAGUGGCACCAUAUAAAAGGAUAAAAGAAGUUCAGUUUUUAGAUGACAUUCCGAAGAACCCUUCUGGGAAAAUUUUAAGAAGAGUUUUAGCUCAGUCUGAUAAAGAGGUGAUAGUGGAGAAGCCAAAUAUGUUGCUAACUAAAGUGUUAAGUAGAGUAACGAAGAAGAGAGUUUGUGUUGCAAAAAUGAAACACGUUUGGACGGUUGAUAAUAUUGUGAGAUCGCCAUUUGACGAUGUAGUUGUCCCUGAGGCCACAAUAACUGAAUAUGUAUGGCAUAAUUUGGACAAAUGGGCCGAUAAAACGGCAAUGAUAUGUGGAGUAACGGAUAGGAAGUACACCUACUCGCAAUUGUACAAACAAUCCCAAAUAUUCGGCGCAGGUCUGAGGAAAAAGUUCAAAAUCCGUGAUGGCGAUGUGGUUUGUGUUAUGUUGCCUAAUUCACCAGAGUAUCCCACUGUCGUAUUGGGGAUUCUUACAGCUGGGGGAUUAGCCACAACAGUUAAUCCUGUUUACACUGUUUAUGAAACCAAUAAACAGAUUGUAUCAUCCGAUGCUAAACUAAUUGUAACUGAUCCAGGGCAUGUAUUAGUAGUAAAAGAAGCUCUAAAGCAAAGUAAGUUGAACAUACCAGUAAUAGUUCUCGAUGUUGAUGAAGCGCGACCUGAGGAAACUGUUUCUUUUAAGGAAAUAAUUAAUGACAGCCAUUUGGAUAUGGAUGUUUUGAAAGAAGUUAAGAGAUCUGCUCAGGAUACUUCCCUUUUGCUGUAUUCAAGCGGCACUACAGGGCUUCCUAAAGGUGUCGAGCUGACGCAUAGAAAUAUUGUAGCCAACUGUGAACAACAAAACGAAAAUCUAAUUCAGAAAUUCAGUGACACAACAUCAACAAAUCAAGAUAUAACCCUCGCCUAUCUUCCGAUGUUUCACUGCUAUGGUAUAUCAAUUGUCACUCUGCAUAAACUGUCAGUUGGUCUGCAACUUGUGACACUUCCAAAAUUCCAACCAGAGACGUUCGUGAAUACAUUUGUAAAACAUAAAAUUUCUUCAGUUUAUAUGGCUCCUCCAACAGUUCUAUUCCUUGCAUCAAAUCCAGAAAUGAAAACAAAACACUUCGAAAAACUGCAAUAUGUUGUUGUAGGGGCAGCACCUUUACCAUUACCAGACGUGGAGAGAUUCUUAAGUAAAAUGGACCAUGAAGUGCAUUUUGGCCAAGGCUACGGCAUGACGGAGGCCUCACCGAUGGUGACAUUAUCACCUAAUAGUUGCACGAAAUAUAGUUCUUCGGGUAAUGCCUUGCCAAACUCUGAACUGAAAAUAGUCGACACUGAUAUGAAAAGCUUGGGUCCUAAUGAGUUGGGAGAGUUGCUGAUCAAGGGACCAAAUGUGAUGAAAGGCUAUAAAAAUAAUCCAAAGGCAAAUUCAGAGGUGUUUGUUGAUGGCUGGUUGAGGAGUGGUGAUUUGGCGAAGAUAGACGAAGAUGGAUAUGUUUUCAUAGCUGAUAGAUUAAAGGAACUGAUAAAGGUGAACGCCUACCAAGUUCCACCAGCAGAAUUAGAGAGCAUUAUAAGGGAACACCCAGAAGUUUUCGAUGCAGCAGUAGUGGGAAUACCAGAUGAUAAGACAGGAGAAAAGCCCAAAGCAUUUGUCGUACUUAAUAAAGAUUCCAGUGCUAGUAAUAAAGAUAUCAUGGAAUAUGUUAAUACUAAAGUGGCACCUUAUAAAAGACUUAAAGAAGUUGAGUUCCUUGAAGAUAUCCCGAAGAAUCCAUCUGGAAAAAUUUUAAGAAGAGUACUUGUUCAAAAGUAAAUUUCAGUCCUUCGGUCUAGAGUGCUGUUUAUAUUGAAAUAAAUAAUCAAUGUUGAGCUGAUGCGAGAACCAUGUACUAAUUUGAUGAAACAAUGCAGGGGUAUAUAAUGUAAACAUGUUUAUGUUUAGAAGUUCAUGGAGUUAAGAAAAUAGUCUAGAAAAAGAUGAAAAAUGUAUCUCUCCUAGAGAAAAGCACACAAAUAAUUAAAUAUAAUUUAAUAUUAUUAUGUUACGAUCAUAUCACACUGGAUUUAGUCUAUUUCGAUACAAGCAUGGUGAAUGAUGUGUGUGACAGCACUCUUAGAAAAUUGUCUUAGUAGAAUGAAGAAGAUGCAAAAUCUGGGAAAUAAUUGUGACAUGUGAUGAAACGUGAUAAAUCUCUGCCGUAAUUAUUGUAAGCAAAAACCACAAUACCUUUCCUCACUUUGAAGACAGUUUGCAAGUAAGAACAAUUAAUUUCAAAGGAAGUGUUAACAUUUCUUAAGGUCUAAUUUCGGGAGUUCUAUCUCAAAUCCAUAAAUAUUUAGAUAAUAAGGAAAGUACUACGAUUAAAUAAAUAACUAAUA